AUGGCUCUGCUUGCCUGGGCAAGAGAGACCGGCAUCAACCUGGUGCAGAUCAACGGGCAGAGGCGAUACGGUGGCCCCCCGCCAGGCUGGGUGGGCGACCCUCCGCCGGCCGUGGGGAAGCUCUACGAGUUUCGCCUCAUGAUGACCUUCAGCGGGCUCAACCGCGGCUUUGCCUACGCCAAGUACAGCAACCGGCGCGGCGCCAAGGAGGCCAUCGCCGCCUUCAACAACUUCAAGGUGCGGGAGGGCUGCGCCAUCGUGGUGUGCAAGAGCACGGAGAAGUGCGAGCUGAGCGUCGACGGCCUGGCCACCUCGGUGAGCCGGCGGGAGCUGGAGGCCGUGCUGCGGCGGGUCACGGAGGGGGUCCUCAGCGUCACCCUGCAUGCCAGCCCCUGCCAGAAACGGGCCCAGCUCGCUGUGCUGAAAUACAGCUCGCACCGGGCUGCUGCCAUGGCCAAGAAAACCCUGAUGGAAGGAAACAUGAGGCUCGGUGGGGUGGAGAUGAAGGUGGACUGGGUGAACCCCGAUCUGAAGCAGAAACUGCAGGAGAAGCCGUCGUCGUGUGAGGAGAAGCCAUCGUCCAGCCGGGUGCAGGGGGACAAGUGCCUGGGGGUCCCCAGGCAGGCACCCCUGUCUCCGGUGCUGCGCAACGCGCUGGACCGCCUCACCGCUCUGUGCCGGAGGCAGUACCUGGGGACCCCCCUGUUCCUCACCAAGUGCGUCCAGGCGAACCCCAACGGGUGGCUGCGGUUCUGGUGCCAAGUGGUGAUCCCGGGGUGCCCCGUGCCUUUCAGUGGCUUCACGUGGGUCCGGCAGGACGGGCCAGGCAGGAGCGGGCACGAGGAGGCGAAGGUCGCAGCGGCGCUGCAGGUUCUGCGGAUGCUGGGUGAGUCCUCACACGGCAUCAGUGCCAACCCCUGCCUUUCCCAAAGCCUGGGAGUGUUCCCUGGGAGCGUGGAGCUGUCACGCUUCUG